AUGAUUUUUCUUAUUAUAUAUAAUAUUAUAACGUGAGAGCUUAAUUUAUACUCUUAUAAGAAGAUAAAAUAACGUGAAAUGUAAUUGAUAUGUCCUGAUAAAUUAGCUAGGACGUUAAUAGCUUUUCAUUGGUUUGGUUUGGCGAACGUUGGUUACGUGACAAUAAAGUUCAUUUAAUCAUCAACGGCGGAACCAUUUCUAUAAGUGCAAGUACGAUUAUCGAUGAAUUUAAUGAAGAAGGCUAUGGGUGGAUCGAUUCACAGGGUACGAGAAUUCGAGCUGGAAAAGGUUAACUUAAUUGACGAGUUCGAUAUACUACAAAUCGUCGGUGAGGGAUGGUUCGGGAAAAUUCUUUUGACUGAGCAUCGCAGUACGCAAACCGAAAUGGUCUUGAAAGCACUACCAAAAGCGUACACUGGGCUAUCGGAUUUUUUUCGUGAAUUUCAUUACGGAUUACAUCUAGCAGCACAUCGUAACAUCAUAACUACAUACGACGUUGCUUUCGAGACUGCUGGCUUCUACGUUUUCAGCCAGGAAUACGCACCACUGGGUGAUCUAACGUCGAACGUAACGGAGACUGGUUUGGGCGAGCUACAUGCAAAACGAGUUGCAAGACAAUUGGCAGCCGCUGUUCAUCAUAUUCACAGUCGCGAGCUUGUUCAUAGAGACAUCAAGUUGGACAAUGUACUAGUUUUUCGAAGCGAUUUCUCGCGUAUAAAGCUUUGUGACUUCGGCGAGACCAGACGGGUUAACACUAUCGUACGAAGACACAAUGAGUGGCUUCCUUAUUCACCCCCCGAGGUACUACAGAUCAAGACCGAUGAAACCUACAAAGCUCUGACAUCUCAUGACGUUUGGCAAUUCGGCAUUGUCCUAUUUGUUUGCCUGACCGGAUGCCUACCAUGGCAGAAAGCAGCAUUGGACGACCCACGAUACACAAGAUAUCUAAACUGGCACAAUGCGACGCUUAACAUCGCCAAGAAACCGAAAUUAUUUCAGCUGAUCAGCUCACGGGCACAGAGACUAUUUAAGAGGCUGUUAGAUCCUAAGGCGGAGAAAAGGCCUGUUAGCGUAUUGGAAGUUAAUAAAUAUUUGGAAGACAGAUGGCUAGCUAAAUUGGGUGCUGAAAAAGCCUUGAAUGGUGGUGCUGACGAAAGAGACGAACUCUGUCCAUCCAUGUACAGUUUUCACAGUUCUUUGGAAGAAAAAAACCAACUCCUGCAUACGUUGACUACUUAUGGUAUUGAAACGACCGUUGAUCGAGCUAAAAAGAAAGACCGUAUCAGGGAAUGGAUAGAAGCUAGUGCUAUCGUAGAAGAAAACGAAGAGGAUGAAUCAGACAUUAACGAAUGUAUCGAUGUCCAAGAGUUAGAGGAUAAGGAACCAGUUUCUAUGAGAGGUAGACAUUUUCCAGAAAUGCAUCCACCAAAGAAAGAAACGUCUGAGAUUAAGAGAAGAAAGAGACGAACAGAAAUGGUAACAAAAAGACGUUCAUCGGUUAAGCCCGUUGAAAGGAAGAUACCAUUCGCUCCGCAAGUUGCUGAAGAACGAGAAACCGUUGCUAGAUUUGCUAGUUUCCCUAAUGGCGACCCCAGCCUAGCAAUGAUCAAGAAAGAAGAACAAAACACUGAGCUUUUAGAAUUGAAUACUGGACAGGUUAUCAAUGGAAAUAAGAUGGGAUUAAAAAAUAAUUCAAUUAUUGAUAAUACAAUAUCCUCAUCGGCCAAUAUUAAUGAUCAAAUUAUCGAGGAUUCUCAAAAAGACAAUGGUACUACUUCCAGGGACAGUUCUGUGCCAACAACUAGUGGAAAUUAUGGUAGCAAUGGUUCAUCGAUUGACGUCACUGUAGAAAGAACCUAUUCAAUUCCUAGAAACAGUGCUGUCAAUGGGAAAGCACACGUUGAAAGUCCUCAAACUCCAACAAGGAAGCAUCGUGCAAAGACGACACCUUUUUCGGAGACGUCAACGCGUACGAAUGAAAUAAAAUUGAACGAAGCAACGAAAAGAAGUCAAUCUGUCAGUGCGUUAGUAACAACUCAAUCAGAGAGAUCGCCCUUAGUUGAUAACAAAGUUGUUAAAAGUACAAUUCAAAGGGUCUCGUCUAUGGUUGACAAAGCUACAAACGAUUUUGUUAAAAGAGUAUCAGAAUCACCUACCUCUUUGACGUCGUCAGAUCUUCAAAAGGAUGUACAAUCAAUGGAACAGAAAGAAAAAUUAACAAUUGUACAAGCAACCAAUCCAUUGGCCAUGCCAAUUGCAUCUCAUUUAGUGAUGCAAAGUUUAAAUGCACUACAAAGUGUCAGUAAUACUUCGUUACCUCCCGAUGUUUUGCCCUCACGUCCACCAGAAAAAAUGUCAUCAAUUAAAUCGAAGCAAACUACUUCGAAUAUCAAUACUUUCGUAUCUGGUAAAGAUGUUUACGAACACUAUGGUAUCGCACAAGGUGUUAUCAUUAAAACUGAAGCUCCCAUUCAUCGUGGUUCCAUCGGUGGUAGCGCUAGUAGAUCGAAGCAUUCUAAAUAAGACAUAAAUGAAAAGUUUAUCAACCUCAUCUCAGUUCGUUUUUCAAACGAUUGUUUUGAGCCAAUGAAAGUACGACUUCGAAAUGCAGAAAGAUUCUGCAUACAUAAUAAUACCUGUCGGUUGAUUAAGACAGUAAUAUUAGCAUGUUUUAAGAAAAAGGAAAUUAAUUUCACAGAGAUUUCUUUAACAACGAGAAAUGUUGUUAAUCAAACGAAAGAAAGCUCUUGAAAUAACGUCAAUUUUAUUAUCAAAAAAAAAGAUGAGUAUAUUUUAAUAAUAAUUAGUUAUAAUUUUAAUAUGUCAG